ACACGGAGACUUUUCAAUACGCUUUCCACGCGCGCCAUUAAAACCAGGUAUCGUCUUCCUCGGUUUCCUCCUUCCCUGCUGUUCUGCAAACUCUCAAAAAUCCCAGCUCUGUUUUCUCCGACAAUGGCGCGAAAAUAUUCUCUUCUCAAGCAAACCCUAGCUUCUCUCUGCUUUAUUCUCGCCCUAUACGCCAUCAUCAACACUUUAAUCAGCUCCACCGCCACUCUGAAACUCGACCGCUCCUUCCCCUUCGACAUUGCUAAUUCCGUCAUGGUUUCGGAUGAGCUUGAUUCUCAAGAAACUGAUUUCCCCAAUAGUUCAGGCAAAUCGGUUUUGCCUCUGAAGAUUUAUCUCUACGAUGUGCCGACGAGGUUUACGUUUGGUGUAAUUGAGAACCACGGCAUAGCGCGCGGAGGAAAGACCAAUGGUAAAAUCACGGAGCUCAAGUAUCCAGGCCAUCAGCACAUGGCGGAAUGGUUUUUGUUCUCGGAUCUGCUUCGACCGGAGUCGGAGCGUGUUGAGUCUGCUGUGGUUAGGGUGAUGGAUCCUGAGGAAGCGGAUUUGUUCUAUGUUCCGUUCUUCUCGUCCUUAAGCUUGAUCGUCAACCCUAUUCGACCUGCGGCAGGGUCGAAUCAGCAGCAGCGGAAGCUUGCGUACAGCGACGAGGAGACGCAGAAGGCUUUGAUGGAGUGGUUGGAGAAGCAGGAGUACUGGAAGCGGAACAAUGGGCGGGAUCAUGUCAUUAUAGCGCAGGACCCAAAUGCAUUGUACAAGGUGAUUGAUAUGGUUAAAAGCAGCAUAUUACUCAUUUCGGAUUUCGGCCGGUUGAGAUCAGACCAAGCUUCACUCGUGAAGGACGUGAUUAUACCAUACUCCCAUAGGAUCAAUACAUAUAAUGGUGAUAUUGGAAUUGAGAAUCGCAAGACUUUGCUGUUCUUCAUGGGCAAUCGAUACCGUAAAGAGGGAGGAAAAAUUCGUGAUAUGCUUUUUAAUAUACUUGAGAAAGAACGGAAUGUCAUAAUCAAACAUGGAACACAAUCAAGAGAGAAUAGGCGUGCUGCUACACAUGGUAUGCAUACAUCUAAGUUCUGCUUGAACCCUGCUGGUGACACUCCCUCUGCUUGUCGACUCUUUGAUUCUGUAGUAAGCUUGUGUGUACCAGUGAUUGUCAGUGAUAGAAUUGAGUUGCCUUUUGAAGAUGUUAUAGAUUACUCCAAGAUUGCUGUGUUUUUCGAUUCGGUUUCUGCUGUGAAACCUGGAUUUUUAGUUUCAAAGCUGAGGAAAAUCUCUAAACAGAGGAUUCUGGACUAUCAGAGAGAAAUGAAAGAGGUAAAGAGAUACUUCGAGUAUACAAACUCAAAUGGCACAGUGAACGAAAUAUGGCGUCAAGUCUCACAGAAGUUACCUCUCAUUAAGCUAAUGAUUAAUCGUGAAAAGAGGGUGAUUCAUAGAGAAGUUGAUAAACCAGACUGUUCUUGUCUCUGUUCAAACCAAACUGGCAUCAGGGCUAGACUAUAAUUCGUUAUUUAUGAAUUGCUGGGAGAAUCCAGGAUGUUCUAUGAGUGGCGCGCCAGCUGCGAUGUCUUGCUAGUUCCAACAUUUGAGAUGUCCGCAUUCCUUGGCUAAGCUGGCUCUUCUGCUAACCAGGUAGGUAGAGGUUGCCAUAUUUAUACGCUUAUUCAAUUACUUCUCUGCACUCUACUGUCGAAUUGGUCUUGUAGAACUCACCAUAGGCAUACAAAAUCUGAUAGUAUUUGUAAUUAUUUUUGUACAUUUUUUGAGCAUUGUACAGAAUAAGGGUCUGUUUAAUCCUUCCAGAUUUGACUCAAGUUGUUAAUCAAGACAGUGGAGCGUUAGAAAGAUGUCCAAUGAGAAAGUUUUUUUGCUUGGUAAAUUUCACUUCUAACUCGGGUUUCA